AUGGCCCUGGGGUUUCAGUGGUCCAUGUGCUCUGCUGUGCUCCUUCUUUCGGUGCAUGCAAACCCGGGUCCCAGAAGCUCGCAAGAGCCUAAUAUCGCAACAGUUCACACAAGUUUGAAGACGAGCCAGUCGACCGCGCCGGUUCCACAACUUUCCUGCGUCAAUGACUAUGUAAAAAACGUCACCUGCACUUGGAAGCACCCCACAUUUCACCCAGAUUUGGAUUGUUGGGUCUCCGGUGUCAAGAUUACAUAUCCUACUAAACGAAAUGGACCACCAGCCAAAUAUAUGAAUUCCAGCUGCAAGUUAAAACAAGAUGGAGAUGGAGAAUUCCCAGGAUGCACCUUUGCCUUCACCGUAAAAUUCAAUUAUUACGAAAAACUACCAAAUAUUAGCUUGAAAUGCAAGGGAAAAUUAAUUGAAGCUCAAAAAAAUUAUUCGCCAAAAGAUCACAUCAAACUGCACCCUCCCGGAACGCCCAACGUCAGCAGCACCUCAAACAUGACUCGGAUUACGUGGAGUCUGGGGAAUCCUCCGUCCUUAAAACCUUUCCAAUUCCAAGCUCAGAUCAAACACGUGGACCAGUCCUGGGACGAGGUGGAGAGUCAGCCUACAGUGGUGGAGGAGAUGGUAAUAUGGCCGAAACUCACGGGGAAUCUCCAGGUGAGAGUCCGAAUCAAGAUUCCCUCCAGUGACAGAUAUCUCUGCCAGUGGAGCGAAUGGAGUCCAACGGCGUCAUGGGUGGCAGAGGAGGCCGGCAGAGUCUCUUCAGGUUUAAAUCCGGCCCAAUCGACUGUCUUCAUCUUUUUGAUCUCGGCGCUCAGCUUGGGACUGUCCUGUGUUUCAGUUCUGAUCCUUUACAAGUGCUGCCCCCAAAAAAGGCGUCUGACAUACAAGAUGCUCCCGAAUCCUUCCAAAUACUUCUACACUCUGCAAUCAGUUCACGGAGGAAACCUGAAGACAUGGAUCAGUCCGCGGCCAGUGUCCAGCUGCUUCUUCUUGCCUCAUCCCUGUGUGGACCUCUGCUCCGUGGAGCUGUGUGAGUCUAAGGACGUGGCGCCUUCCGGUCCUCCCUGCCUCCCCCCUGCACUCGUCCAUUCCCUGGCUGAGUUUGACCCCUUCUCCUCCUGCUCCUCCUCCUGCUUCUCAAACAUGGACUACUUCAUGUCCAGCAGCGAGAACAGCUCGGCUCAGACUCGCACCAGACCGUUCUUUAGCGACCAGAGCAGUGUCCUGACCUCAAACAGGAGGCCCCACCUGUCGUUAUCCCCGUCCAUCCUCUCCUCGUCCAUCUACGAGAGCCUGAAGCAGGAGCCACAGAGCCCGGACUCUGGCUUUGGCGUGGGGAAGUUUGAAGAGCAGGAGAACCAGAGCUCUCCACUCCUCUCUCUGGCCCUGACUGUCUCAUCUCCUGUAUACACUUCCGAUGAGACCCUGGUGCUCCAUAACCAGGGCAUGGAUGAACACACAGGUCCCAAUGAGGACCUGGGCUGGCCGGUCACUGAGCCCAUGUGUAGGGCCUCUUCUUUACCCGUGGACCCGGGUAAAGCAGGCUAUCUCACGCUCAAAGACCUGCACGCCACGUUCAGCAACAGAUCCAUAUGA